AAGAAAGUGAAGAAGGACUCUGGAAAGGAGGGGGAGAAGGAAAAGAAGAAGAAGAAAGGGACCAGGAAGAAGUUUCUCUCCAGCCCGACUUUGGCUUCAAGAAGGCGCCUUGGUGAUGCUGCCCUUGAAAUAGCCGGUCGGAGGGGAAAAGAAAAAGGAAAAAAGGUCGGACCGGGAACCAUUUUGCCUCGGGGGGGAGCCCUCUCCCCUCUUGCCCCCCUCCCCAAGAAACCAAGGCCAAAGUGAGACCAUCGGAGCUCCAUCUCUGCUCUUCGGGCUCUGUGCCACCUCUUCCUUUAGACUUUCUUUUGCUCUGAGUUUGGACGGCUGAGAGGAGAGAAGUGGGCGCUGCUCUCUCUGUCUCUCUCUCUCUCUUUCUCUGGCCCUCGGUGUGUUGGGCUCUGGGAUCCCCCCUCGAUCCUGGUGGGUCCCCCAGAGCCCCCUGGAUCCCCUGGAUCGCCUCUCCAAGCUCUGACCCCGCCGCCGCCGUCGAGGCUAGACCCGCCUGAAUGUACAGCAUGAUGGAGACCGAGCUGAAGCCCCCGGCCCCUCAGGCCCCUCCGGGAGGAGGAGGAGGAGGAGGGGGCGGCUCGGGGGCCCCGGGGACGCCGGGCCCCACCAGCCAAAAGAAUAGCCCCGACCGUGUCAAGCGCCCCAUGAACGCCUUCAUGGUCUGGUCGCGGGGCCAACGUCGGAAGAUGGCCCAGGAGAACCCCAAGAUGCACAACUCGGAGAUCUCCAAGCGGCUGGGCGCGGAGUGGAAGCUGCUCUCGGAGGCCGAGAAGCGGCCCUUCAUCGACGAGGCCAAGCGGCUCCGCGCCUUGCACAUGAAGGAGCACCCGGAUUACAAGUACCGGCCCCGUCGGAAAACCAAGACCCUCCUCAAGAAGGAUAAGUACACUCUGCCGGGGGCCCUGCUGGCGCCGGGCUCCAACGCUCUGGGCGGCGGCGGAGGGGUCGGGGGCGUCGGGGGCCCGCUGGGGGCGGCCGGGGUCAACCAGCGGAUGGACAGCUAUGCCCACAUGAACGGCUGGGCCAACGGCGGCUACGGCAUGAUGCAGGAGCAGCUGGGCUACUCCCAGCACCCGGGACUCAACGCCCACAACGUGGCCGCCGCCGCCGCCGCCGCCCAGAUGCAGCCCAUGCACCGCUACGACGUGAGCGCCCUGCAGCAGUACAACUCCAUGGGGGGCUCCCAGCCCUACAUGAACGGCUCGCCCACCUACGGCACCAUGUCCUACUCCCAGCAAGGGGCGGCGGGCAUGCCCUUGGCCUCCAUGGGCUCGGUGGUCAAGACGGAGGCCAGCUCCUCCAGCCCCCCGGUGGUCACCUCCUCCUCCCACGCCCGCGCCCCCUGUCAAGCCGGAGACCUCCGGGACAUGAUCAGCAUGUACCUCCCGGGGGCCGAAGUCGGGCCCGAGCCCACCGCCCCCAGCAGACUCCACAUGGCCCAGCACUACCAGAACGCCGGCCCGGUGCCUGGCACGGCCAUCAAUGGCACCCUCCCGCUGUCCCACAUGUGAGAGAAGAGACCCGGCUGCAGAGAGGCCUGGGCUUGGCCGGCCUGGGUUUGGUUUUGGGGGGGUUGGGGGGCCAGAUCGGCGAAAAGAUUCCUGGGAUGAACCGGUCUGAGUUUGUCUUUGGGGUGGGGCUCUUGCCAGAUCGGUGAAAAGAUCCCUGGGCUUGACCGUUUUAUCCUUCACAUCCCCCCCUCCCUGAGGCCUGCAAAGGCAAAAAGAAAAAGCCAGCGAGGCAAGGAAGAGACAGCCCAGAAAAGGCCUGCAAAGAGACCGACAAACUUUUCUUAGCGAUCCCGAACUUUUCUGUCUUCCCCCCAAACCAACUCUUUUUUUGUUUUGUUUUGUUUCUUCUUUUUAUUUUAUUUUCUCCUCCCCUCCUCUUUAUUUUAUGUUGUUAUUUUUUGUUCCUGGAAGGGGAGGGAGGAGGGACACGGCGACACUAUUUUUGUAUAGAGGAUAAAAAACUGAAGGGGAAAGAGAAAAGGGGGGUGGGAAUCACAUGCAAAAAAUCAGGACUCGCAAAGGAACGUGUGUGUAUAGCUCUCUCUUCUUUUCUUCCCUUUUGCUUUGGACCCACCAAACUUGGCUGGACCCAAAUGCCUUUCCUCUGUUUUCUUCCCUCCCCGCAAACGACCGCGAAGUUCCAGUGGAAAUGAUACUUUGCAAAAAAAAUAAUAAAAAAAUAAAAAUAGGGAUUUUUAAUUAUUAUUAUUAUUAUUAAGAGGGGAAAACAACAAGGUCUUUAUCAAUAAUCUUUAGAGGUAGACUCCAGAAAGGUGCGUAGGCAAAAAAAAGUGGGGAGGGAGGGAGGAAGGGAAAAGGCGAGCCGGGGAAGGGGAAAUGUUUUAAUAUUUGCAAGCAACUUUUGUACAGUAUUUAUCAAAAUAAACAUGGCAAUCGAAAAGUCCAUCGUUUAUAUUAAAAAAGAAAAAAAGGACAGACAGAGAGAGGGGGGAAAAAACUUGAGAAUUUGCCAAUUAUUUUUUAAAUAAAAUACAUCAGAGUCUACUUCAGUCGCUGGAGAAUCAGAGGGAUUUAUAGUAGCAACACACACAAAAAGGGAGUUGAAUUUUUAUUUUAAAACAAAGAUCUGGAGGUUUUAAUUGUUUUUGCAAUUGUACAAAAGGCAAAAUGAAUCAAUAAAUAGAAUAACUACUUGCAUACCAUUGAACUGGAUUUUUUAUAUAUAUAAUGAGAGGGCAAAAGUUUAGGGUGUACUAAAAUAAUUUUCCCUUUUUUUACCCAUUGUUAAAAGCAAAACUGUCUCGCAGGCUCACACCUUUGUUUAUUUAAAAUAGCCCCUUUUGCUUCCAAACUUUAUCCUGUUCCCCCUUCCCCCCCCCAAACGACAGCAAAACAGCAGUCUGAAAUAACUGUGUUUGAAAUAUUUUCUUAUGGUUUGUAAUAUUUCUGUAAAUUUAUUGUGACAAUAUUUUAAGUUCUUUUAUUUUGUUUUUUGUUUUCUAUUUUUAUUUUUGUCCCUCCUCAUUUCCUGUAGUUGUACUUUAUAAAGACUCGGCUGUGUAUUAUCUGAAAUCAGUCCUCCAGCAGUUUAUGUAUAUAUGCAUAUAGUCACAUGUAUAUCUUCAUAUACAUGUAUAUGUAUAUAUACACACACCCAUAUAUAUAUAUAUAUAUAUAUGAACUAAUACCAUCCUUAUAAACAGGUACCUACCUAUUCGACUUAAGUUUUUACUCCAUUAUGCACAGUUUGAGAUAAAUAAAUUUUUGAAAUAUGGACACCGCAAUGCUGCUCUGAGUCCUGGAUUUCUUUGGAGAAAGCAGAAUGCAAUCUGGUUUUUAAAACUUCUAAACCCACGCUGCUCCAGGCCUAGUUAGAGCCGGGUUUUAUGAUUUUAAAUUCUUUCUUUCAGUCUUUCUUUCUGUCUUUCUUUCUUUUUCUUUCUUUCUUUUUUUUUUAAUUAAGAUUUGUUGCCAGAUCGGUUAAAAGAUCGUUGGUGUUAACAGUAAGUUCUUAACUAACACAACAGUGCAAAUGCGGCCUGGCAAAGGAGGCCAAGUUAGACAUCUUUUGCUGAGAGAAGUGGAAGGGGACCCUAUUUCUUUGGGGUUGUUUUGGAGUCGAGGCAGUCAGAGGUGGUAGCAAUAGGAGUCGGAGUGAAUCAGGACCCAAGGAAGGUUCCUCUGACUUUUUAAGAAGGAAAAAGACCACUUGUUGCCCUGAGGUCCCCCCAGAGUUGUUUCCUGGAAAACUGGUCUGUGAACCGGAGCAAGAAAGCGUAUCAGCCCAGAAGAAGAAGAUGCAAGCGAGGUCUUGACUUCUCUCUUCUUGAUCUUCCUUCCGAAGCGAGGUAUUGAGGAGA